AUGUCAGUGUCGGGUUGGUUUCAUAACGAUGAAGCGUGUCAAGUGGACACAGAAGGCAUUCCAGAGCUCGAUGUACCUGGGAUUGAGCCUCUAAGUCUUGGUCAAAUUGCACUCGCCAGAGGGCCCCAGGGUGCCAAACUGACGGCGGUUGUCAACGAUGUCAAAGUUCGGGGCCCUAGCAACUUCAAAAUCACUGAGUUAAAGUCGGACUUGAACAAGAAUCGUUUCGAUUUUAAAAUUCUUCUACCGAAAUUGGAGUUCGCCGGAAAAUAUAAAAUGGACAUACAAGUGUUAUUGUUGCGGCUGCAGGGAAGAGGGAACAUCACAGGAUCCUUUAAGGACUACGCUUGUAACGUCACCAUGCGAGGCCAUAAAGAGAAGAGAGGCGACAACGAAUACCUCAAGUUCGACCCCAUGAAGGUGAAGCUACGCGUCGGGGACUCCUCCAUCUACCUGACGAAUCUCUUCGACGGAGACCCAGUGCUGGGGCCGGCCACCAACAGGGUCAUCAACGAAAACUCACAGGUCUUCCUCUCUGAAAUCAGCCCAGUCAUGGAGAAAACUGACUACUUUCCACAAUGUAAGAAAAGCGAUCCACAAAUCGAGAAAUGCAUCUUAGACGCCAUAGAAACAUUAAGACCAAAACUGCUGAAAGGAAUACCAGAGGUGAACGUACCUUCCCUCGAGCCCUUCAAUGUGCCCACUCUCAAGCUGGAUAGGACGGCCACGAAUCUUCGAUUAAAAGCAACCAUCAAGAAUAUGAAGGCUUACGGCGGAAGCAACUUUAAGAUCGAGAAGUUAAAGUUGAACCUGAACGAUAAAUAUGAAGGACAGAUGAAAUUAACGUUGCCAAAACUAUCAGUGGUUGCUGAUUAUGAUGUGCGUGGCUCCAAGAUCCUCACCCUGGACAUCAGUGGCAAAGGACAACUGAGGAGUAAUUUCACCGGGAUAACAGUAGUGGUAAAAGGUGCAGCUAGAGUAAUCGAAAGAGACGGCGUAGAAUAUUUACAAGCUGACAAGAUGAUCGCCAAGUUGAAAAUUGCUCAUGGACAGCUGGCUGUUGAGGAUACGGAGAGACCUGUUGCUGCAACUUCUGCUGCAGCAUUCUUCAAUGCGAGUCCAGGUGUCAUCCUCGACAUCCUGAACCCACUGAUCGAGGAAAGCAGUGCUGCCAUCUUCAAGGCAUUCUUCAACAAGAUCCUCGCCACUAUACCACUUCAGGAAAUACUUGUAGCUUAG